AUGAUUCAAAGAAGGAUUUUUGAUAGUUAAUUAAAAUAUCAAGGAAACAACUCUAUCAAAUAAUUUAUAUUCCAAUAAAAUAUGAAAGCAUCACAAAAAUUUCAUACUGAACCUAUUGAUAAAAAUAUUCACAUAAUUAAAGAGUUCACUGUCGAUGAUAAAUUCGAAAAACCUAAGUUAUCCAAACUUAUUACCAAUAAUAAAAUGCAUCUGAAUGCUCUUAAAUCUACAGGUAUUAAGUCCUUUUAGGAAUCGGAAAACAAUUCUAGUGCUCAAAGAUUUGAAGAUUUAUAUAAAACAUGCAAUAAUUUCUAUAAGGAAUCUCGAUAAAUUAAAACAAAAAUUAUGAGACUUAAACGUUAAACAUGGAGGAAGUAUUAAAAAAUUUUAUAAAUUGGAGUGUCUUAGAAAGAAAUUAAAUAUGAUUGA